GUAUGAAAGCGCACCACCCUAUAUAUCCACAGAACCCGAGACUCCGCUCCACAUUUUCUCUCUGUUAACACCCAAUACCCGGACAGACGUAUUCUCGCCUUGUGCGCUUCCACUUCUCUCCCAGCGCCGUGAGCAAGGACUCCUUCAGCGGGUGGAAGUUUUCCCGAGCACAACGUUUAAAGCGCACAGCCAGAUAGGUUCAUGUGGCGGCACCCCAGCCUCGGCGUAGUAUUUUCGGCCAAAAAGUGGGAUCCUCCACCACCACGGGCUCUUCCAAGUCUGCUUCUGCUACUGUUUUGAAAGGGGGAACAUGUUCUUGUUUGCUCCGUUUUGUUGAGAAGAGGUAACGAGCGCUCAUCUUAUCCAGUACCUCCGGAUGUACUGCAGUGUGAAUACCCAGAGCCGGUAGCUACUGUGACGCGGAGUGAAGGAGUACGACUGGAAAGUGCACCAUGUUGAGAUUACGCACCGCUGUCCUGUGCGCUUUCUCUUUCCUCUCUUUCACAGUGGAAGCAGAUGUCAAAACUCAAAACUGCAGUCUGGUCAGAGACGCUUACAUCGCCAAAGGCUUCACCGUUACUAAUGUCCCUUACCAGGAACUCUCAGGUGAGCAUCUGCGCAUAUGCGCCUCCCAGGAGAAGACCUGCUGCUCGGCAGACAUGGAGGACGACUUCAACCAGCAGAGUAAAGCUGACUUUGAGAAUAUGCUGGACGAAACCAGCGAAGACCUGAGAGCCAUGUUUGUGUCCAGACAUAAAAGGUUUGAUGAGUUUUUCUUGGAGCUUCUGAACAACACAGAGAGGUCUUUGAACGAGAUGUUUGAACGGACAUAUGGCAAGCCCUACAUGCAGAAUGUGGAGGUUUUUCAGAACUUGUUUGCGGAGCUGAAGCGCUACUACAAGGGUGGCAACGUCAACUUGGAGGAAAUGCUUAAUGACUUUUGGACGCGGCUGCUGGAACGCAUGUUCAAGCUGCUCAACUCCCAGUACCUGAUCACAGAGGACUAUCUGGAAUGUAUCAACAAGUACAUGGACCAGCUCAAACCCUUUGGAGACGUGCCCAAGAAACUCAAGUCCCAGGUCAACAGGGCGUUCAUUGCCGCCCGCACCUUCGUCCAGGGCCUCACAGUCGGGCGAGAGGUGGCCAACAGGGUGUCUAAGGUUAGCAUGUCCCCAGCUUGCCAAAGAGCGCUCACCAAAAUGUUCUACUGUCCUUACUGCCUACACGGCGCACUGCUGGCGAAACCCUGCAGGAACUACUGCCUGAACGUGAUGAAGGGCUGUCUGGCAAACCAGGCUGAUCUGGACCCAGAGUGGAAUAACUACAUCGAUGCCAUGCUAUUGGUGACAGAGAGGCUAGAGGGACCGUUCAACAUCGAGUCUGUCAUGGAGCCCAUCGACGUCAAGAUCUCAGAGGCCAUCAUGAACAUGCAAGAUAACAGUGUAGAAAUCACCCACAGAGUCUUUCAAGGAUGCGGUCAACCCAAGCCCUCAGGAAUGGGCCUCAGGUCUGCCCGUGGCAUCUCGGAUGUGUUCAACGCCCGCUUCAAGCCCUACAGCCCAGAGGAGCACCCUACCACAGCAGCUGGCACCAGCCUGGACAGAUUGGUUGUGGACGUGAAGGAGAAGUUGCUGAAGGCGAGGAAGUUCUGGUCCAGUCUUCCAGAUGGCCUCUGCCAGGAGGACAACGUGACGGCCAGCGAGGCCAGCUCAGAGGACUGCUGGAACGGACUCAACAGGGGCAGGUAUGUUCCCGAGGUGCUGAAGGACGGUCUGGCCCACCAGGCCAACAACCCUGAGGUGGGAGUGGACAUCACGCGGCCGGACACCUUCAUCAGGCAGCACAUCAUGACCCUGAGGAUGAUGGCCAACAAGCUGAAGAACGCCUACAAUGGCAAUGACAUCUACUUCCAGGACUCCAGUGACGAGGGCAGUGGUGGCUCGGGCAGUGGGAGCGGCUGCCUGGAGCCGUGCGACGCAGAGGAAGAGGAGCCGGAGCCGGUGCAGACGGAGGCUCCGGAGGUGCAGGCGGACCGAGGAGGGGACCGCUCUUCCUCAUCCUCCUCCUCCUCCUCCCCACACACACACUCCUCAGCCCUGCUGCACCUCCUCCUCCUCCUCUCCCUCUCAGCCCUCGCAUUGCACAGCCACUGGAGAUAAUGAUGGCAGAAUGGAGAAUGGCCCUCCCCCCUCACCGUACAUGCACAAACACACACACACACACAGACACACACACACACACACACACACACACACACACACACAUACACACACACACACAUACACACACACACACACACACACAUACACACACACACACACACACACACACACACACACACACUGACAGUGUAUCUGCACAUACAGUACGCAUACAGUAUUCACAUACUACAUGAUAAGACUGCAGUUUUUCUAUACUGUUUUUGUACGUAAUCUGCUGAUGAGACUUUUGCGUUUGGUCUUCUUGCCUGGACGAUGUGUGUGUGAGAUGUCGUCAUGGAGUUGGCAUUCCCAAAGUGUUCUACAGAGUCAGCCUUCUCCUAGCGGAUCCGUCCUCGGCCGGCCCUGCAAUGUGCCAGAGGUCCACUCAUAUUCGGUUUUUGUGUGUCACGAUGUUUUGAUGACCUGCUCAUUUGAUUUUUAUCAGUAAGUAGGACUUUUAUUUUGAAUACAAGUGGUGAGACAUGUUUUCUGAACACUGUGGCCAUAGACCCAGUUGGCAACUCUGGGCCCGCCCAUGA